AAAAAAAAAAAAAAAAAAGUGCUGAAGAGUCCUAGGGAAAUGAGGCUAUUUUUGUUCGAAGCUGAUACUUCUGCCUGAGCCACAAGUGCAGCUUGGAAAGGGCUCAGGUUGUUUCCAGGGGGAGAACUCUGCAGAGAAGAGACAAAGUUCAACAGGACAACAAAGGAGCAGCAGAAACAACCAGGAAAACGAAGAGCCCUCACAUUUUCACACAGAACCCCCUAUCAGAGUUCUCAAAUCCUAAAGUAUUCUGCAAAGUGCCACUUGACGGGAACUUUUCACCUGCCUUUUCCUUUCUCCAACCACCAUGACGGAGAUCACUGCUGAAGGAAAUGCGUCUACUACCACCACAGUGAUAGACAGCAAAAAUGGAUCUGUGCCCAAAUCCCCUGGGAAAGUUCUGAAGAGGACAGUCACAGAAGACAUAGUGACAACAUUCAGCUCCCCAGCAGCCUGGCUUCUGGUCAUUGCUCUGAUAAUCACAUGGUCAGCUGUUGCUGUCGUUAUGUUUGACCUAGUGGAUUACAAAAACUUUUCAGCAAGCUCUAUUUCCAAGAUUGGCUCAGAUCCUCUAAAACUUGUACAUGAUGCUGUGGAAGAAACCACCGACUGGGUCUAUGGCUUCUUUUCUUUGUUGUCUGACAUCAUCUCGUCUGAGGGUGAUGAAGAAGAUGAUGAUGAUGGGGAUGAGGACACUGAUAAAGGAGAAAUAGAGGAGCCUCCCUUGAAACAAAAAGAAAUACACAAAGACAAGACUGAAAAGCAGGAGAAACCUGAAAGGAAAAUAGUACCUAAAGUUACACACAAAGAAAAACCAAAAGAAAAAGAAAAAGCUGAAAAGAAAGCAACUCACAAGGAAAAAAUUGAGAAAAAAGAAAAACCAGAAACAAAGACAGUGGCAAAAGAAGAGAGGAAAACAAAGACCGAAGAGAAGAUUAAAAAGGAAGUGAAAGGUGGGAAACAAGAGAAAGUGAAGCAAACAGCCGCAAAAGUCAAAGAUGUACAGAGACCAUCACCUAAGCCCAAGGAGAAGGAGGGAAAAGAGACCGCAGCUGUGUCCAAGCAUGAACAGAAAGAUCAGUAUGCAUUCUGUCGAUAUAUGAUUGACAUGUUUGUCCGUGGGGAUUUAAAACCAGGACAAAGCCCAGCCGUACCACCUCCAUUACCAACAGAACGAGCUUCCAGACCCACUCCGGCAUCACCUACCCCUGAAGAAAAAGAAGAGGAAAAGAAGAAAGCUGAGAAGAAAGUGACUUCUGAAACAAAAAAGAAAGAAAAAGAAGCUGUCAAAAAGAAAACCGACAAGGAAACUGCCGUUGAUGUGAAAAAAAAAGAGCCAGGGAAAGCUCCGGAAACCAAACAAGGGACUACAAAAGUUGCAGCACAGGCAACAGCUAAAAAAGAUGAAAAGAAGGAAGAUUCUAAGAAAACAAAAACAACUAUAGAAGAACAACCCAAGGGAAAAAAACAGGAAAAGAAAGAAAAACAUGUGGAACCAGCAAAGUCAUCAAAGAAGGAACAUUCAGCUCCAAGUGAAAAGCAAAUAAAAGCAAAAACUGAACGAGCCAAAGAAGAGGCUGGUGCUGCCUCAACUAAAAAAGCUGUACCUGGAAAGAAGGAAGAGAAAACAACCAAGACAGUGGAGCAAGAAAUUAAAAAAGAAAAAUCCGGGAAGACUUCCUCAGUUUUGAAGGAUAAAGAGCCUAUUAAGGGGAAAGAAGUGAAGCUUCCAGUUUCCCUAAAGGAAAAAGAACCUGAAAUUAAAAAAGAGGAAAAGAUACCCAAAGCAGGCAAAGAAGUCAAGCCUAAGCCUCCACAGCCACAAGUAAAAAAAGAAGAGAAACCAGGACACAGACAUCCUGCCAGAAAAACAGCUCCCCUCGCUCUUCCAAGUCCGAUGAACAUUUCUGAGGGCUACAAGUCACAAGUAAAAAAGGAAACAAAACCAGAACAAGACAGAGCAAAACCGGAAAAGACUGUUUCUCAUGGUAAACCAGAAGAAAAAGUUGUCAAGCAGGUAAAAGCUACUACAAUAGAAAAACCAGUCAAGCUCAAACCAACAAAAAAAGCUGAACAUCAAGAAAAAGAAUCUCCAUCUAUAAAAACAGACAAACCCAAACCAACUACAAAAGAAACAUCAGAAAUCAUAGAAUCAGGGAAGAAGAAAAUUGAAAAACCUGAAAAAGAAAGUAAAGUCUCAACAAGAAAAGAAAGUCUUCAAUCACACAAUGUGACAAAAGCAGAAAAACCUGCAAGAGUAUCAAGAGAAGAUCUGGAAGAUGUACCGGCUUCAAAGAAAGCUGAAGAAGCUGAAGAUGUGUAUUCCACAAAGAAGCAAAAAAGCCCCAUCAGUUUCUUCCAAUGUGUCUACUUGGAUGGAUACAAUGGCUAUGGAUUUCAGUUUCCUGUCACUCCUGCGCAUCAUCCCGGAGAGAGCUCUGGCCAACGAAGUUCUCCAGGACAAAAGCAACAAGGACAAUAGAUACACAUGCAUGGCCCUUACAAGUGCUUUGAGACUUCGACGAUAGGACCUAUUGUUUGUCUGCAGUGGCGUAGGCAGUUAAAAUCAUGAAUCUGGGGAGUUUCUCUGAAAAUGUUUUACUCUCCUGCCUGACCUACAGAGAAAGGGUGGGCAAAAGGAUUGAAUGAUAAGCAAACAUGUUGAAAGAUAUGGCGCUCAAGAAUCUGUUAUUUGUGUUUGUUGCUAAAUGUGGAUGCUUAUAUUUUCCUAUUUCUAUUCACUGUAGAGUUGCUUACAAAUUAAAGUUUCCUUAAUAACGAUCUUUUAAAUAUAACUGACACAAUUACAAAAUGGAAUUCCUGAUUUCAGUUAGAUAUAUUCUUACAUGAAAACAGAGACUAUGCUUUCAGUUUAAGGAGUACAGGAGCCUACACAAAAGCUACUCUUUAUGAUGUGGAUCUCUAAACGCAAUUUGCCCACUAAGUUGAUGUUUAAUAGUUUAGUUUUACUUAUGUCUCUUUCUAUUUUCGUUGUGGCAAUGCUUUAAGAAUGGGUAAUAGUUGCACCAAAGAGUGCUGUAAGUUCCUUGUGAUGCUCUUUUACACAGAAUUCAAAAUAUCUCUGAACUUUGGACAUGAUAAAAUGAGGUAGAAAUGUCUGAUAAACCUUCUCUCUCAGAUUUGUCUUAAAUUAUAAUUAGGACAUUCACUCCAGUGGAAAUAUACCAUCCAAUUAGGCAGGUCUGGUGAAUCAUUUGUUUGACAUAAAGGCAAAUGAGAUGUAGUAUUUUCAGAUUUCUCCAGACUAUGUCCUAAUGAAAAUGUCACCUGGAUGAAAUUUUAGUUCAAUGACUAAAUUUUGGUGACAAAUGCAAAGGCAUUUCCUUUCACUUAAAUAGGAUCAUUCUGUACAGUUAAAUGGGUUUUCUUUCUCAAAAAAAAAAAAAUAUGUAUGUAUAUAAAUGAAUGUCAUCAAAAUUGAAGAACUAUAUUUUAACCAUAAGUGCUUCAUGAGAUGUCUUACUUGUUUUUUCGUUAAGUGGUUAUCAGCACCAAUAGAACAAAUGACAAUUUUUAACUUACUUGAUGAUCACUGGGAAUGACUAUUAUGGCUUUGUCAUCUUUUUGUCUUCUGGUGAUAUGAACACUUAUGUUCUUUACCACAUUUUUCUAUCAACUUUAAAAGUCAUGCCACUGUGACCUUAAUCGUGUUUACAGUUGCAACUCAACUUACGACAAAUGAACUCAGGAAAUAAAUUAAGUUAUCCUUUCUGGCAUUAUAACUACCCUCUGCUGAGGUAGCCAGAGCCAAUACUAGCCAAGUGACUUAUUUUCAACAACUAUCAAGUUCUUUAAGUCUAAUUUAGAACUCUGAUUUACUAAAAUAUUAGGCUAGGGCAUCAGUAACACGUUCAGUAUUAAUAAUGGAUUUUCAGUGACUUCGGUGAAAAGAGUUGGUCUCAGGCACCUGCUGGUAGAUCUAACUCACACCACAAAAGCCAACAUUACAAUGAACCAAGAUUAAUGACACUCUUUCGGGGGGACCUAGAGUGUAUAACUUCAGGACUGACCAGAUGGUAUCAUCUUGCAAAGCUUCUUCAUGUAGCAAUGGAAACUUGUGGAGGGGACAGUUGGUAAAGUUUAUUGCUCAACUGCUCCUACGGCUUCUUCAAUUUAAUGAAGAAGGGAAUAGAGAGCAAAUAUGACCGUUGUUUAGAUUUCAUAGAAUGAUUUAUCCAUUCUUUCAUUCAAUGGCUAUGUAUUAAGUACUUACUCUUUCUAGGACACUAUGUUAGGCACUGGACUAUGUAAGAAAAAUACCAGAAAUAAAUUCUGUUCCCAGUGCUAUCUUGACACAAUGUGUGCCCUUGGAAAAUUUGCUAAAUAUACUGUGCUUGUUUUCCUAUGUGUGAAAUAGGGAUUUCAAGACAAACAACCUGAUACCUCACAGAUGUAUUGUGGACACUGACAACAUAUCUUAAUAUGAAUAUGAUGUCAAAAUAAAUUUCUGAAAUAAUACUUUGGAUGUAGCGCUAAUUUUUCCUCCGAGUGCUUUUCUACAUUGCAUCAUUGCAUCUUUCAUUGUCAUUAUAAAAACUAUUUAAUAAAAAGUAAAAUAUGCCAAUUUAUUGUAAUUGGAGUUUAAACAAACCAGUUAAGAUGUAAACAACGUUAAUAAUAAUUAAAGUUUAUCUGCUGAAAGUUACAAUGAUGAUAGCACUUCAAAAAUACUAACUAAACUCUCAUCUGUUUGUAUGGUUCCAUCAAAUAAAGUGUUUCUAGUCCUUCAA